AUGGCGCCGCCUUCGGCGCCGCUCUCCCCGCGGGGACCUGGAGGAGCCGCGCCCGGCCGGAGGAGGGGAAGGAGGCCGAGGGCCGUGCGGUUCGCGGACGUGGCCGUGUACUUCUCCCCAGAGGAGUGGGGGUGUCUGAGGCCCACGCAGAGGGCCCUGUACCGAGACGUGAUGCGGGAGACCUACGGCCACCUGGGCGCACUAGGGUGUGCAGGUCCCAAACCUGCCCUCAUCUCCUGGUUAGAACGAAACACCGAUAACUGGGAACCGGGAGCCCUGGAUCCGCAGGAGUGCCCAAGAAGGAUAACAGUCCAGAGAAAAACCGGCACCAGAAAGAAGAGUGAGGAGAAGGAAGCCUUCCCACCCAAGGAGGCACCCCGAAAGGGCAAACGAGGGCGCCGGCCCAGCAAACCCCGUCUAAUCCCUAGGCAGACAUCUGGGGGCCCCAUCUGCCCCGACUGCGGCUGUACCUUCCCGGACCACCCAGCCCUGGAGAGCCACAAGUGUGCCCAGAAUCUCAAGAAGCCUUACCCUUGCCCAGACUGUGGGCGCCGCUUUUCCUACCCGUCCCUGCUGGUCAGUCACCGGCGCGCACACUCUGGGGAGUGCCCCUACGUGUGUGACCAGUGCGGCAAACGUUUCUCCCAGCGCAAGAACCUCUCGCAGCACCAGGUCAUCCACACCGGGGAGAAGCCCUACCACUGCCCUGACUGUGGCCGCUGCUUCCGGAGGAGCCGCUCGCUGGCCAACCACCGGACCACUCACACGGGCGAGAAGCCCCACCAGUGCUCCAGCUGUGGGCGGCGCUUCGCCUACCCCUCCCUGCUGGCCAUCCACCAGCGCACGCACACGGGCGAGAAGCCCUACAGCUGCCUGGACUGCCUGGAGUGCAGCCGCCGCUUCCGCCAGCGCACGGCCCUCGUCAUCCACCAGCGCAUCCACACGGGCGAGAAGCCCUACCCGUGCCCAGACUGCGAGCGGUGCUUCUCCUCCUCCUCCCGCCUGGUCAGCCACCGGCGCGUGCACUCGGGGGAGCGGCCGUACGCCUGCGAGCACUGCGAGGCCCGCUUCUCCCAGCGCAGCACGCUGCUGCAGCACCAGCUCUUGCACACGGGAGAGAAGCCCUACCCCUGCCCAGACUGUGGCCGUGCCUUCCGGCGGAGCGGCUCCCUGGCCAUCCAUCGCAGCACGCACACGGAGGAGAAGCUGUACGCGUGUGACGACUGCGGCCGCCGCUUUGCCUACCCCUCGCUGCUGGCCAGUCACCAGCGCGUGCACUCGGGCGAGCGGCCCUAUGCCUGUGACCUCUGCUCCAAGCGCUUCGCCCAGUGGAGCCACCUCGCCCAGCACCAGCUGCUGCACACGGGGGAGAAGCCUUUUCCCUGCCUGGAGUGUGGACGAUGCUUUCGCCAGAGGUGGUCUCUGGCCGUCCACAAGUGUAACCCCAGGGCCCCAAACUGUAGCCCUAGGUCCAUAGCGGGGCCUAGCCAGAGAGGCAGCACCCUUUAG